UGAGCAUGUCUUUUCAAGUGAUAAGCGGAUUGACUUUAGCUUUAACUGUGAUGAUACUUAUCUGGCUUCUGGGGGCAACGAUGGGACUGUGA